AUGAGGAGGGGAGGUGCGCGGGCUGAUAUGCAGCGCGGGAUAGUGGUGGUCACGCCCGCACUCGACGCUGUAUUCAAGGCAGCUCGGUCGUCGGGGACUCUCAACCUCUCAGGGAAAGAUCUCAAGUACGAUACCACGAAUCCUGUGAAUGGGCUAGUGGAGCUGAAGAACCUACUGGCGAGUCACAACAAGCUGGAGUGCCUGCCAGAGGAGAUCGGCGGUGCAGUGAACCUGGUCAAGCUGGACGUCUCCCACAACGUGUUGGAAGGCCUGCCUGCUGCUCUCGCCGCCUGCACACUCCUCACCCACCUCGAGGUCCGCCACCCUUCCUCUUCUCCUCCCUCCCCCCCACCCCCGUUUCCUCCUCUUGCCGCCUGCACACUCCUCACCCACCUUGAUGUCCGCCAGCCUCGCUCCUACCUCAUCCCCAUCCACUCGUUUCCACUGCCUCCUUUGCCUCCUGCCUGCUCCAACCGCAUCACUUCCCUGCCAGCCUCCUUAGAUGCCUGCACUGCGCUCUCUCAUCUCAAUCUCGAGAACAACCAGCUGCAGAGCAUCCCCUCGCCUCUGCUCUCCUCACUCCGCAACCUCAGGCAUCUCGACCUUGGUAAGGCAUCUCGACCUUGGUAUGGCAUCUCGACCUUGGUAUGGCAUCUCGACCUUGGUAUGGCAUCUCGACCUUGGUAUGGCAUCUCGACCUUGGUAUGGCAUCUCGACCUUGGUAUGGCAUCUCGACCUUGGUAUGGCAUCUCGACCUUGGUAAGGCAUCUCGACCUUGGCAUCUCGACCUUGGUAUGGCAUCUCGACCUUGGUAUGGCAUCUCGACCUUGGUAUGGCAUCUCGACCUUGGUAUGGCAUCUCGACCUUGGUAUGGCAUCUCGACCUUGGUAUGGCAUCUCGACCUUGGUAUGGCAUCUCGACCUUGUAAUGGCAUCUCGACCUUGGUAUGACAUCUCGACCUUGGUAUGGCAUCUCGACCUUGGUAUGGCAUCUCGACCUUGGUAUGGCAUCUCGACCUUGGUAUGGCAUCUCGACCUUGGUAAGGCAUCUCGACCUUGGUAUGGCAUCUCGACCUUGGUAUGGCAUCUCGACCUUGGUAUGGCAUCUCGACCUUGGUAUGGCAUCUCGACCUUGGUAUGGCAUCUCGACCUUGGUAAGGCAUCUCGACCUUGGUAUGGCAUCUCGACCUUGGUAUGGCAUCUCGACCUUGGUAUGGCAUCUCGACCUUGGUAUGGCAUCUCGACCUUGGUAUGGCAUCUCGACCUUGGUAUGGCAUCUCGACCUUGGUAUGGCAUCUCGACCUUGGUAAGGCAUCUCGACCUUGGUAAGGCAUCUCGACCUUGGUAUGGCAUCUCGACCUUGGUAUGGCAUCUCGACCUUGGUAUGGCAUCUCGACCUUGGUAUGGCAUCUCGACCUUGGUAUGGCAUCUCGACCUUGGUAUGGCAUCUCGACCUUGGUAUGGCAUCUCGACCUUGGUAUGGCAUCUCGACCUUGGUAUGGCAUCUCGACCUUGGUAUGGCAUCUCGACCUUGGUAUGGCAUCUCGACCUUGGUAAGGCAUCUCGACCUUGGUAUGGCAUCUCGACCUUGGUAUGGCAUCUCGACCUUGGUAUGGCAUCUCGACCUUGGUAUGGCAUCUCGACCUUGGUAUGGCAUCUCGACCUUGGUAAGGCAUCUCGACCUUGGUAUGGCAUCUCGACCUUGGUAAGGCAUCUCGACCUUGGUAUGGCAUCUCGACCUUGGUAUGGCAUCUCGACCUUGGUAUGGCAUCUCGACCUUGGUAUGGCAUCUCGACCUUGGUAUGGCAUCUCGACCUUGGUAUGGCAUCUCGACCUUGGUAUGGCAUCUCGACCUUGGUAUGGCAUCUCGACCUUGGUAUGGCAUCUCGACCUUGGUAUGGCAUCUCGACCUUGGUAUGGCAUCUCGACCUUGGUAUGGCAUCUCGACCUUGGUAUGGCAUCUCGACCUUGGUAUGGCAUCUCGACCUUGGUAUGGCAUCUCGACCUUGGUAUGGCAUCUCGACCUUGGUAUGGCAUCUCGACCUUGGUAUGGCAUCUCGACCUUGGUAUGGCAUCUCGACCUUGGUAUGGCAUCUCGACCUUGUCCACCCCUUCAUCUCUCCCGUUCUUCUCCUCGUUUCCUCUCUCAUCUCUCCCGUUCUUCUCCUCGUUUCCUCUCUCAUCUCUCCCGUUCUUCUCCUCGUUUCCUCUCUCAUCUCUCCCGUUCUUCUCCUCGUUUCCUCUCUCAUCUCUCCCGUUCUUCUCCUCGUUUCCUCUCUCAUCUCUCCCGUUCUUCUCCUCGUUUCCUCUCUCAUCUCUCCCGUUCUUCUCCUCGUUUCCUCUCUCCUCUCUCCCGUUCUUCUCCUCGUUUCCUCUCUCCUCUCUCCCGUUCUUCUCCUCGUUUCCUCUCUCAUCUCUCCCGUUCUUCUCCUCGUUUCCUCUCUCAUCUCUCUCCCGUUCUUCUCCUCGUUUCCUCUCUCCUCUCUCCCGUUCUUCUCCUCGUUUCCUCUCUCCUCUCUCCCGUUCUUCUCCUCGUUUCCUCUCUCAUCUCUCCCGUUCUUCUCCUCGUUUCCUCUCUCCUCUCUCCCGUUCUUCUCCUCGUUUCCUCUCUCCUCUCUCCCGUUCUUCUCCUCGUUUCCUCUCUCAUCUCUCCGUUCUUCUCCUCUUCUCCUCGUUUCUCUCUCCUCUCUCCCGUUCUUCUCCUCGUUUCCUCUCUCAUCUCUCCCGUUCUUCUCCUCGUUUCCUCUCUCAUCUCUCCCGUUCUUCUCCUCGUUUCCUCUCUCCUCUCUCCCGUUCUUCUCCUCGUUUCCUCUCUCAUCUCUCCUGUUCUUCUCCUCGUUUCCUCUCUCCUCUCUCCCGUUCUUCUCCUCGUUUCCUCUCUCAUCUCUCCCGUUCUUCUCCUCGUUUCCUCUCUCAUCUCUCCCGUUCUUCUCCUCGUUUCCUCUCUCUCAUCUCUCCCGUUCUUCUCCUCGUUUCCUCUCUCAUCUCUCCCGUUCUUCUCCUCGUUUCCUCUCUCAUCUCUCCCGUUCUUCUCCUCGUUUCCUCUCUCAUCUCUCCCGUUCUUCUCCUCGUUUCCUCUCUCUCUCCCGUUCUUCUCCUCGUUUCCUCUCUCCUCUCUCCCGUUCUUCUCCUCGUUUCCUCUCUCUCUCUCCCGUUCUUCUCCUCGUUUCCUCUCUCAUCUCUCCCGUUCUUCUCCUCGUUUCCUCUCUCCUCUCUCCCGUUCUUCUCCUCGUUUCCUCUCUCUCUCUCCCGUUCUCUCCUCGUUUCCUCUCUCAUCUCUCCCGUUCUUCUCCUCGUUUCCUCUCUCAUCUCUCCCGUUCUUCUCCUCGUUUCCUCUCUCAUCUCUCCCGUUCUUCUCCUCGUUUCCUCUCUCCUCUCUCCCGUUCUUCUCCUCGUUCCUCUCUCAUCUCUCCCGUUCUUCUCCUCGUUUCCUCUCUCAUCUCUCCCGUUCUUCUCCUCGUUUCCUCUAUCCUCUCUCCCGUUCUUCUCCUCGUUUCCUCUCUCCUCUCUCCCGUUCUUCUCCUCGUUUCCUCUCUCAUCUCUCCCGUUCUUCUCCUCGUUUCCUCUCUCCUCUCUCCCGUUCUUCUCCUCGUUUCCUCUCUCAUCUCUCCCGUUCUUCUCCUCGUUUCCUCUCUCAUCUCUCCCGUUCUUCUCCUCGUUUCCUCUCUCAUCUCUCCCGUUCUUCUCCUCGUUUCCUCUCUCUCUCUCCCGUUCUUCUCCUCGUUUCCUCUCUCAUCUCUCCCGUUCUUCUCCUCGUUUCCUCUCUCAUCUCUCCCGUUCUUCUCCUCGUUUCCUCUCUCCUCUCUCCCGUUCUUCUCCUCGUUUCCUCUCUCCUCUCUCCCGUUCCUCUCCUCGUUUCCUCUCUCAUCUCUCCCGUUCUUCUCCUCGUUUCCUCUCUCAUCUCUCCCGUUCUUCUCCUCGUUUCCUCUCUCAUCUCUCCCGUUCUUCUCCUCGUUUCCUCUCUCAUCUCUCCCGUUCUUCUCCUCGUUUCCUCUCUCAUCUCUCCCGUUCUUCUCCUCGUUUCCUCUCUCCUCUCUCCCGUUCUUCUCCUCGUUUCCUCUCUCAUCUCUCCCGUUCUUCUCCUCGUUUCCUCUCUCAUCUCUCCCGUUCUUCUCCUCGUUUCCUCUCUCAUCUCUCCCGUUCUUCUCCUCGUUUCCCUCUCUCAUCUCUCCCGUUCUUCUCCUCGUUUCCUCUCUCCUCUCUCCCGUUCUUCUCCUCGUUUCCUCUCUCCUCUCUCCCGUUCCUCUCCUCGUUUCCUCUCUCAUCUCUCCCGUUCUUCUCCUCGUUUCCUCUCUCCUCUCUCCCGUUCUUCUCCUCGUUUCCUCUCUCAUCUCUCCCGUUCUUCUCCUCGUUUCCUCUCUCAUCUCUCCCGUUCUUCUCCUCGUUUCCUCUCUCCUCUCUCCCUCAUCCACUUCCGUUUCUCCAUUCCUCCCCCUCCUUCCCCACCCCCCUUCCCGCUUGCUUUCUCCUCAUCCGUUUUUUAUCCCGUUCGUCUCCCUACCCUCCCAAUCCCUCCUCCCCCCUCUAUACUCUCUUCGUUCCACACCUCCCCCGUUCCCUGUCUCCCCCUCGCCCUGCUCGUUCUCACCGCUUGCUUCCAUGCUUCAGCCGCAACAAGCUGAAUCAGCUGCCAGUGAAAAUCGCCCUCCACAUCUUCCUCACCCCCCUUCCCGUUCGCUUUCACCUCAUCCUUUUUCCAUACCGUUCAUCUCCCCACCCUCUUGUUUCUCUCACUCUUGUUUUCCUCCCACGUGCCCCGUCUUCCCCCCGCCCUGCUCGUUCUCACCGCUCGCCUUCCAUUUGUCAGCCGCAACAAGCUGAAGCAGCUGCCAGCGGAGAUCGGCCACCUGCCCUCGCUUGUUACUCUCUCCCUUUGGAUGUCUUCCCCCUCCCCCCCUCCUCCCCCCCUCCUCCCCCCCCUCCUCCCCACUCCUCCCCCCCUCCUCCCCCCCUCCUUCCCCCCUCCUUUACCCCUCCUUCCCCCCUCCGUCCCCCUCCCUUCUCCCCUCCCUCCCCCCCCGUACCCACCCGACAACACCCUGUCAGCUGGAGGACCUCCCCCCAUCGCUGCGCCGCCGCUCUUGAUGUUUCUGACAAUGACCUCCCCACCCUGCCCGCCUGGCUCGGCAGCAUGACAUCGCUGCAGAGGGUCGCAGCGGCAGGCAAUCCCAUUAGAACAAUCCGAAGCACGCUCAUCAAUGGCCCGGCCAAGAACCUUCUGGACUAUCUGCGCUCCCGCCUCCCUGCUGCUUCCGCUGAUGACCACGAUUCAGAUACUGCCAGCGCUGCUGCACUGCGUGAGCUGACUCUAGAAUCACCGCCGGCUGCUGCUGCUGCUGCUGCUGCGCCUGCCGCUGCUGCUGCUGCCGUGACUGCUGCUGAGGCAGACAUGGUGCCAGAGGUUUUGCAAUCGAGGCAGAGCAAGGAGAUGAAGAGUGGAUUUGGAGACAGGGUGGAGAGAGCAUACGGAGUGGAGGGAGGGGUGGAGGGUGAGGGAGGGGCAGUGGCGGCUGCAGAAGGAGCAGUGGCAGAGCCAUGGCUGAGGGAGUGCUUUGAAGGAGGGGUGAGUAAUCUAUCAGCAUCAACUGUGAUCUCUGUGAUCUUUGUGCAUUGCACAGCAUCAACUGUGAUCUCUGUGAUCUUUGUGCAUUGCACAGCAUCAACUGUGAUCUCUGUGAUCUUUGUGCAUUGCACAGCAUCAACUGUGAUCUCUGUGAUCUUUGUGCAUUGCACAGCAUCAACUGUGAUCUCUGUGAUCUUUGUGCAUUGCACAGCAUCAACUGUGAUCUCUGUGAUCUUUGUGCAUUGCACAGCAUCAACUGUGAUCUCUGUGAUCUUUGUGCAUUGCACAGCAUCAACUGUGAUCUCUGUGAUCUUUGUGCAUUGCACAGCAUCAACUGUGAUCUCUGUGAUCUUUGUGCAUUGCACAGCAUCAACUGUGAUCUCUGUGAUCUUUGUGCAUUGCACAGCAUCAACUGUGAUCUCUGUGAUCUUUGUGCAUUGCACAGCAUCAACUGUGAUCUCUGUGAUCUUUGUGCAUUGCACAGCAUCAACUGUGAUCUCUGUGAUCUUUGUGCAUUGCACAGCAUCAACUGUGAUCUCUGUGAUCUUUGUGCAUUGCACAGCAUCAACUGUGAUCUCUGUGAUCUUUGUGCAUUGCACAGCAUCAACUGUGAUCUUUGUGAUCUUUGUGCAUUGCACAGCAUCAACUGUGAUCUUUGUGAUCUUUGUGCAUUGCACAGCAUCAACUGUGAUCUUUGUGAUCUUUGUGCAUUGCACAGCAUCAACUGUGAUCUUUGUGAUCUUUGUGCAUUGCACAGCAUCAACUGUGAUCUUUGUGAUCUUUGUGCAUUGCACAGCAUCAACUGUGAUCUCUGUGAUCUUUGUGCAUUGCACAGCAUCAACUGUGAUCUCUGUGAUCUUUGUGCAUUGCACAGCAUCAACUGUGAUCUCUGUGAUCUUUGUGCAUUGCACAGCAUCAACUGUGAUCUCUGUGAUCUUUGUGCAUUGCACAGCAUCAACUGUGAUCUCUGUGAUCUUUGUGCAUUGCACAGCAUCAACUGUGAUCUCUGUGAUCUUUGUGCAUUGCACAGCAUCAACUGUGAUCUUUGUGAUCUUUGUGCAUUGCACAGCAUCAACUGUGAUCUUUGUGAUCUUUGUGCAUUGCACAGCAUCAACUGUGAUCUUUGUGAUCUUUGUGCAUUGCACAGCAUCAACUGUGAUCUUUGUGAUCUUUGUGCAUUGCACAGCAUCAACUGUGAUCUUUGUGAUCUUUGUGCAUUGCACAGCAUCAACUGUGAUCUUUGUGAUCUUUGUGCAUUGCACAGCAUCAACUGUGAUCUUUGUGAUCUUUGUGCAUUGCACAGCAUCAACUGUGAUCUUUGUGAUCUUUGUGCAUUGCACAGCAUCAACUGUGAUCUUUGUGAUCUUUGUGCAUUGCACAGCAUCAACUGUGAUCUCUGUGAUCUUUGUGCAUUGCACAGCAUCAACUGUGAUCUCUGUGAUCUUUGUGCAUUGCACAGCAUCAACUGUGAUCUCUGUGAUCUUUGUGCAUUGCACAGCAUCAACUGUGAUCUCUGUGAUCUUUGUGCAUUGCACAGCAUCAACUGUGAUCUCUGUGAUCUUUGUGCAUUGCACAGCAUCAACUGUGAUCUCUGUGAUCUUUGUGCAUUGCACAGCAUCAACUGUGAUCUCUGUGAUCUUUGUGCAUUGCACAGCAUCAACUGUGAUCUUUGUGAUCUUUGUGCAUUGCACAGCAUCAACUGUGAUCUUUGUGAUCUUUGUGCAUUGCACAGCAUCAACUGUGAUCUUUGUGAUCUUUGUGCAUUGCACAGCAUCAACUGUGAUCUUUGUGAUCUUUGUGCAUUGCACAGCAUCAACUGUGAUCUUUGUGAUCUUUGUGCAUUGCACAGCAUCAACUGUGAUCUUUGCCCUCCAGCUGUCAAAGAAGGGCUUAUCAGAGCUGCCACGUGGCAUCACAGCAUUGGCUGCGGGUGACAUCCCUCUGGCGUCCAUCAACGCCUCUCACAACUCUCUCACCUCGCUGCCCUUCUUCCUCUCAGCUUGCACCUCCCUCACUGUGAGUGGGGCUGGGGUAGGUGGGGCUGGGGUAGGUGGGGCUGGGGUAGGUGGGGCUGGGGUAGGUGGGGCUGGGGUAGGUGGGGCUGGGGUAGGUGGGGCUGGGGUAGGUGGGGCUGGGGUAGGUGGGGCUGGGGUAGGUGGGGCUGGGGUAGGUGGGGCUGGGGUAGGUGGGGCUGGGGUAGGUGGGGCUGGGGUAGGUGGGGCUGGGGUAGGUGGGGCUGGGGUAGGUGGGGCUGGGGUAGGUGGGGCUGGGGUAGGUGGGGCUGGGGUAGGUGGGGCUGGGGUAGGUGGGGCUGGGGUAGGUGGGGCUGGGGUAGGUGGGGCUGGGGUAGGUGGGGCUGGGGUAGGUGGGGCUGGGGUAGGUGGGGCUGGGGUAGGUGGUACUGGAGGGAGCCUGCCCUUCACUGUUGGGCUUUCUUACUUCUUUCCCCCCUGUCCCUUCUCCUCACUCCCCACCCCUCCAGCUGCCCCUGACAGCACCACAGGACAUCCGCUCGUUACAUUUCUGGAACCUCUCCUGCUGUCCUCCUCCUUGUUCCCUCAUCCAUCUCUCUUCCCCCGUCUUUCCGUUCCCUCCCGCCCCUCUCCUCCAGCUGCCCCUGACAGCACCACAGGACAUCCCCUCGUUACAGUCCUUGAACCUCUCCUGCUGCUGCCCGCCCUCCUCCUCCUUGUUCCCUCAUCCAUCCCUCUUCCCCCUUCUUUCCGUUCCCUCCCUUCCCUCUCCUCCAGCUGCCCCUGA